UUCAUUUGGAAAAAGCUUCUUUCUAUUAUUCCUAGCAAAGACAAGUUGGACUUCGUUAAAAUUGUAAUUUAAUUCUGUUGACCUUUUGAGCUACGUAUAUUACAUAUCACACAUACAUAUAUGUGCAUAUGUAUACAUGUUUUCAUUGCUGUGCGCGUAUAAAAUUUAAUGUGUCACAUGUUUCGUCCUCGAGAUUAAUAUUUUAUCAAAAAAUGCAUCUCUUCGAAUUUGAUUAUUUAUUUCUUUUUCUAAUCGAUAAAUAAUCGUUUUUAUCAUUUUGGUAUUAUGAGAUGUUUACUGAAAAUGGAGAAAACAAUCAGUAAAAUACUUGACGUGUCUUGGAGAUUCGGUGUAACCGCAGCAAGCAACGACUCAGAUAAAGUUGGCAAAUCUUUUCUGCAAUUAAAAUUGUCUCUCGAUGAAGGUAACAGAAUAAAAGAUCACUUCAUCGAGAUGAGUAUUCCUGAAUUUUAUAAAUUUCUGCAUGAUUUAGAGAAAGCAAAGAUUAACCUCGACCUAUUGGUUUGAAUAUUUUUAAUUAAUACAUUUGUCAAAAUAAUAUAAAUAUUUUAUAUAUCACUGACAUAUAAUUAAUUUGAUGGUAAUUUUAAAUUAAUGAAUAACGUGUUACAUUUAAAUACAUUAACACGUUUGCUAUCAAUGUCACUUAACUGCGAUAACAUAAUUUCCAUUGAGAUUCCAAUGUUACACAUUCUUAGUAAUAAUCAACACAAACAAUAAUUUCUUGGCUGUGAUCAGAAUCCCUUCUUCGCAGUACAGUAGCAAACAUGUUAAAGUAAUAUUUGUUUCUAUUUAGAUAAAUAGUAAGAAUUUUGUAACAAUAUUGGACAUCUGAUAGUCAUACAUUUUUAUAAAUGUAUAAAUAAUUUAUCUUUUAUCGAUAAGAUU